UCCCCCCUUCUUUCUCCCUCUUCCCUCUCUCUCUCUCCACCUUUCCCCUACUCUCCCUCUCUCCUCUGAAGAGUGGUAUUGUAGAGAUCAAACGGACGCCGAUCUCUCUUCCAGAUAAGUGCCAGUUUUGAUCUUCGACUAGUGAUGUAAUCUUGUCUUCUAUGGCUAUUCCUAUGUUUUAGUUCCUUUUCCUGUGUAAAGUUUCCUUUUUUGUGGAGAAACUAUCAAUUCUCUAGUUGUUACCAUCCAAAUUACUGCUUUAGAAUCCCCCAAAGAUGGAAUUUUUCUGCUCGAAACACCAAAUUUCGUGUCAAUUUGUGGCCAAACCAUGAAAGAUGGGAUCUUUUGUAGAGUGAUCCUUUGUUCCGCACCUUCCGGGGGUCUAAUUCGCUUCUUAGGGUCCCCAUGGAUGGUGCCCAUCCCCCGACCUGCCGGGACCUGGCACCGGCGCCGGCACUGAAGUCCCCGGACAAGGGGAAGAGGGACGAGUGGAGCGAGGGGGGCGUCCGCUGCCUGUUGGAGGUCUACGAGUCCAAGUGGGUACUCCGGAACCGGGCCAAGCUGAAGGGGAGCGACUGGGAGGAGAUCGCCCACCAUGUGUCCGUCCGGUGCUCCGGACCUAAAGCUCUCAAGACCCCGACUCAGUGCAAGAACAAGAUCGAGGCGAUGAAGAAGCGGUACCGCUCGGAAUCGGCGGCGCAUGACCCCAGCUCCGGGUCCCCGUGGCAGUUCUACGCCAGCAUGGAUGCCUUGCUCAAAGGCACCGGGAAUUGCGCGGCUCACCCGAAACCCAAUCAUGACGCCGAUCUCCCACCUUUGCCGAAGGCGGAGAUGGAGGUCGAAGCUGACGGCCACCUGCACGAUAGCAAUCAUGACGAUGGGUCCAAUACAGUGCCCAUGGACAUCAACAUCAAUGGUGACAAUAACAAUGAGACUAAGAUGGAGAACAGGGGAACAGAUAGCCACCUGAGCGCCCCAAGAAGCAAGGAAGCUGCUUCUGAUGACGGUGCCAGAGAUCCCAACAGUUCGUCCAAGCGGAGGAGAAUCCUGGGGAGCGAGGUGGCGGAGAGCAUCAGGUUGCUGGCUCAGUCCAUGUUGCAGGUAGAGCGGGCGCGGCUGGAGAUGUACAAGGACUCCGAGAGGAUGAGAGCAGAGGCAGAGAUCAAGCGGGGGGAGAUGGAGCUCAAGAGGACGGAGAUCAUAGCAAAAACUCAGUUGCAGAUCGCUAAGCUGUUCAUCGAGGGAAUGCGUAGGAGCAGCAAGAGCAGCAAUCCAUCGUCAAGGACUGAGCUUGACAUGCUACCUGAAAUGGAUGGAGAGGGUGAUUAGCUGCAUGAAGGGGAUAAGCUUUGAAGCAAAACAUUGAAAUGCAAGGAUUGUGUCUGCAACUUCUAGAUGUAUGUAUGAUUCAGUGUGUACUAUGGGAGAGAUGUUAAUAAACCCAAGAAACUGAGAUUAGAGGGCAGUUGCCUGCCUGUGAAAGGGAUUCCAGGUAAAAUUGUUAUCAACUGAUUGAUAAGCUUCCAGUUGCUGAGAAAUUGAGCUCUCAAAGAUGUGGAUGCUUGGACUUCAUUGUUUGUUGUCAUCAAUAAUUGCUAAGACUUCUCUAUGCUCA